CGCCGACAUAGCCGACGCCCACACCGCCAACCCGACCUGCCCUGCGUCACAGAGAGAGUAACGCCGACCGGGGGCCGCACCGCCAACCCGACCUGCUCGUACUUUGGGUGCGUGCCCUCCGCCAAUGUCCGCCGGGCGGGCGGGCGGCUGGCGGGGAGGCAACUGUGGCGCCUGGCGAGUGGCGGACCUUCGCGACGAGUGCGCCUUCAAGGGCCUCGACACGAGCGGCGGCAAGUCCGCCCUCAUCGCCAGGCUUGACCAGCACGCCGCGCGAAGGACGGAUGGGCUCGACGACUCUCCGUUCCGGCAUCUGUCCGACGACGAGCACCGCGAGAUCUGCGGGGUGCUGCUCGGCUUCCACGCGGCGGACGCCUUUUGCGGCAGGAGGCCCGGCUGCGUCUUCAAGACCGGCGGAUGGGGCCUCGGCUACUAUGUGGACGCGGCGCCCUGCGCGCGCGACCUCCUGAUGUUCGGCUCCACCUGCCGCGACCUGCGCGCAAUCAUGAUGCCGCCGCUGCAGCCGUACGUGGCAAACCAGCUCAAGCAGUUUCGCGACUUUGGCGACGCGCGGCAGCGGACCAUCCGCGGCGAGGCGCACCGGUGCAGCGUCGACAGCAGUCUCGGCUCAGACCCGUUUCGCGGGAUUCAGUGGGCGGGCAUGCCUCGGAAGGUGGAGAAGAAGGAGCUGGCCGUGCUGCAGGUCGGCCUGCGCCUCGCAGCGCGGUGCGGGGUGUGCGAGAGGCACGGGCCGCUCUUCCGGCAGGUCGUCCGCAUGCACAAGGAGCUGCGGCAGUUCAUCGAGAGCGAGGCGCUCGCGCGCAAGCGGAGGCAGGCGCACGGGGACUACCCGCCCCCGUUCUGGAGCAAGGCCUUCCACAAGCGCUGCGUUAUUGCGGCAGGGUGGUUUUUGCAGCCCGGGCUGCCAUAGGUUGAAGCAGCCGCUCCACGACAAGAGGAGCGCACCGCUGUGGCUGUUGUAUAAUGGAAUACCAUUUACCAAUCUAACCAAUCCCACUGUGAAUCCACAGGGCUUGCACCUCAAACCCUCUCCUCUCACAGACCAGCGCACAGCGCCAUAGCCCUAUAGCGCAUAGGAUGUAUUUUCUUUUCUCAAUAACAAGGCUGUGAAACG